ACAGAAAUUGACGGAAAAGUGUAAAGCUGUUUUUUCGUUGGUCGUUGUUUUUUUUGGUCAUUUUUGGUAAUAAAACUCUGCGAUGUGUCUCUCUCUUCACUCGAAUUCUUGAAAUCCGAGAUAUUUUUUCUUUUGGGUUUAUAUUUGUUUCGAUUCUAGGGCUACUGAGAAAUUGCUAAUUUUUUCGUUGCUUUGUGAUGUGAUUUUUAAUGAUAAUUUGUAAUUAGUUCCCGAUUUAGGAGCUAAACAUGGUUUGCAUGUUCGUUCAGAGGAUAGAAAUUUGGAAUUAAUAGAUCUUAUCUUCAAAAAUCCCAAAUUUUGAGUAGAAUGUGUAUAGUGGUAGCACUUCAUUUCCAGUUUUUAAUUUUCUCGAAUUGUGAAAGAUAUUUAAGAAACCCAAAAUGGGGUUUAGUGCUGGUGUUUGCUAUUCAAUGGUACUUUGAAGUUUUGAUUUUUGGUAAACAUUUUGUGAUGAUCUCUGGUAUUGUUCUGUGUCUACUGUUAGAUUCUCACUUGCAUUGUAGUAUUUUUUGUUGUCUCAGAAGAAUCCUUUUAACAUUAGUUACUGCACUAUCUAAAGAGUAGAGAGCAUCAAGAAAUGGAAAAGGAAAGCCAUGAGGAGAACAACAACAACAACACCAUCUCAGGAGAUUUCAUGGCAAAACGGAAACGAGGUCGGCCGAGAAAACACCUGAAACUCGACUCGAACGAGCAGUCUCUUGGUCCUCCUCCAGGGUUUAGCAGGAGUCAGCUGCAGCUUGAUGAAGCCAUGGUUGGACAACCGGUUAGUGGCGUAAUCGAGGCGACAUUUGAAGCCGGGUUCUUGCUUUCGGUUAAGGUUGGAAACUCAGAUAGCAUGCUUAGAGGUGUGGUGUUCAAGCCUGGUCGCUGCGACCCUGUAUCGGUUGAUAACGACGUUGCUCCUGAUGUUCCAAUGAUUAGAAGAAACAGCGACGUGAUGAUGAUGCAUCAUCAUCAUCAUCAUCAUCAUCAGGGAUCAGCUAAAGGAGGUAGGAAAUCAAGAUUCCGUGAGAAGCGUGGUGGUGCUAGUGUUAAAAGCAGAGCUUUGGUUCCUGUCCCGAUUCAGCCAGCUCCUCAUCCAAAGCAUCUUUUGGUUCCUGUCUUGCCUCAGCAUGGCAAUCUACAGAAUGGCAGCGGGAGGGUUCAAAUGCAGACCGAGAUCGAGUCUCAAGUGAGUGGAGGUAGUAACGGCAAGCCAUUUGAGACGCUGCUUACACAAGUUAUGAAGAAAAGUGAAGUUCAUCACACGACACAGUUCACUGAAGCUGAGUCAGAAGAGCAGGCUCUAUCUAUUGAGCCGCUGCAGGCGAUACACCCAGUGCAUCCUGUACAUAUGCAUAAACCUAUGGCGAGUUAUGGACGAGGAAAGAUGACAGAACUUCUUCAGGAGAAUGUGAGAGAUGGCCAGUAUUCUCAAGGACAGUGAUUUCUCUAGAGGUUCUUGCUACAAAAUCCUUGGGAGCUUUAAAGUCUGAUUCAAUCUCAUUGUAAUCAGAAAUAGGAAAACAGAAUCUAACUACUGUCUAGCUUAAAGAUGUCAGAGAAAUUACGAUAAUGAUUCGUUAUAUAAAAUGCUCAUAACUACUUUUUCUUCUUU